UCACUAGUACGGUACAUCAGUGGUUACAGCAGCCACUGGUAGCUUUGCUGUUCAGUGAAAGGGGGACGGCGGGUUUUUCCUUUCCACAGCUUCGAUGCAGCUGAGAUGGGGGCCUCGCCGGCGUUCCCCUCGGCUGCAAGCCCUAGGCGGCGGGCCGGACCUCAUCAGCACUCUCCCGGACGACCUGCUCCUCCUCGUCCUCGCCCGCCUGGAAUGCGCCGCCGCCGCCGCCCGGACCGGCGUCCUCUCCCGCCGGUGGCGCGGCCUCUGGGCGCACCUCAGCCGGAUCGUCCUCCGCGACCUCCCCUUCUACUCCCUCGAGCCGGCGCUCGCCCGCCUGCCUCCUCCCCCGCCGGCGAUCUCCCUCCUCGAAAUCUGCCUCCCCGAGCCGAGCGGGCCCAUCUCCGAGGAGCAACUUGCCGAUUCCGCCGAGGUCAACUCGUUGCUCCGCGCCGCCGCGCAGAUCGACCCGGAGGAGUUCUUCCUGGUCUUCCCCUCGGGCCUAGUCGACGGUUGCCUCGUCCUCCACCUGCCUUGCUUCCACCGCGCCACCUCCAUCGUGCUGAAGCUGGACCUUUCUAAUUUCGGGGAUUAUUCCACCAUCCUAGCCGGCGUUGAGUUCCCAGCGCUCCAGUCGCUGUCCCUGUCCUGCUGCACCGCCGACUUCGGUGCAUUGCUCUCCUGCUGCCCCCGGUUGCGCACGCUCCGGCUCGCUGAUGUUUGUUUCUAUAAGGGUGCCUUCAGGGUCAACUCACCCUUUCUGCAGGAGCUAGUUGUCGUGGCUGGGGCAUGGAUAGACCAAGCCACCAUUGUUGCCCCCGUGCUGAAGCAAUUGACCAUGUCCUUACGCACCUACCAGGAGCUCAACAUUUCCAUUUUGGCACCAACGGUGGAGAAUGUCUCGUGGGACUGCCGUUUCUCCGGGCACUCUAUCGCGUUUGGUCUUUGGCGGCUCGCGCAGCUCAGCCUACAGGCGGCGGCAGAGAUGCCCCCGUCGCUGCACAUUCAUGCCUGCAUCAGCUGGCCUAUUUUUCAAGGUGAAGUGGAGAACAUUACGCAUGAGAUAGAUAAGCAUAUGAUUGCCGAUUUCUCUGUUUUGGAGUUACAUCUCGAUACUUGGGGGCAUGUUUUUGGAGCACUCGCGGUUCUACUCCUUGGGAUGAAUCGAAUUCGCACUUCUAUGCGGAGACUUAAGGUCCUCCUACAGAGAUCAAUGCCAGAGGACGUAUGCCCACCAGAUUGUCCAUGUGAGCCCACGGACUGGAGAUCCCAAACAAUCUCCUUGACUGCUCUUGAAGAAGUGGAGAUCAGUGGCUUCGAAGGAGACGGACACGAGAUUGAUUUCUUGAAACUCAUAUUCAAACGAUCGCCGAUGCUUAGAAGAAUUACUGUGAAGCUGUCACAUGAGGUCUCACUGCGUAACUUUGGACGCAGAAAAAUAUACGAUAUCUUCAGGGCUUGUUCUCCUAUCGAAUUCUAUGUCUCUUUUACCUCAGAUGAGUAUAUGUUCUGCAGGCUUGAUUAACACUCUUCUAGAUGCCACAAGGAUAUAGCUGUUAAUCCUCUUUGCCUCCUCUGCAGGGUGGAUGCCCGGCAGCCAAAGUUGCCCGUUGACAUCCUUACGUCUGUGGAUUUAAAAAUAUCGUACCCUCCCUCUACGAUCUACUGGUCCCGUACCUGAUCUUAGGAUUUUGCUUUGUUGCUUCAACCGGUUACCUGAGGUUCUGUUUCGUCAGUGAGCGUGCUGUAGCUUUGUGUAUAUAGGGUUCUUCUAAGUUCUAAGUGGUGUUCUUGCUGAACUUCUGAAUGACUUCUAUGCCAUUCAGUUAUGGGAGUGGAUGCACUCAACCAAUAUAUGUCAGUCAUGUACUCUAAGGCUAAGC